ACUCUUUCUUUAUCUCUCUGUCUUUCUCGCUGGUUAAGACGAGGUUCAUGUGAAGUUGUGUGAUAAAUACGGGUAUAGUCUUGAUUUUGAAGUCUUUUGUUGAUGAUGAUUCUCAGUGGGGAAACAACACACUGCUGAGGCUUAAAGAGCAGGAACUUCAACUUGUUCGAGCGGGUGCUAGUUGAGGAGGUUUCCGGGCUUGGAUGAGAGCCAGGCAGCAGUGAGCGGCCACAUCCUCCAUCAGCGCAGCCAUGCCGCCCCCAGCAGACAUUGUGAAGGUGGCCAUCGAGUGGCCCGGGGCCUUUCCCAAACUUAUGGAGAUUGACCAGAAAAAGCCUCUCUCAGCCAUCAUUAAAGAAGUAUGUGAGGGGUGGAACUUGCCAAACCCUGAAACCUUUGCCCUGCAGAAUGCUGACUCAACCAACUUCUACAUCACUGAAAAGAAUCGCAACAACAUCAAAAACGGCUCCAUUCUGCGGCUUACUACGUCAGCUGCACAGAUGGCCCAGCAGCUGCAUGAGCGCAUCCAGUCGUCCAGCAUGGACAUGAAGCUGGACGCUCUGAAGGAUCUGGCCAACUCUUCACGAGACAUCACCUUUGCUCAGGAGUUCAUCAACCUCGACGGCAUCUCGCUGCUCACACAGAUGGUGGAGAGUGGCACAGAACGGUAUCAGAAACUGCAGAAGAUUAUGAAGCCCUGCUUUGGUGACCUGCUCUCCUUUACACUGACGGCCUUCGUGGAGCUCAUGGACCAUGGCAUUGUCUCCUGGGACACCUUCUCUGUGGCCUUUAUCAAGAAGAUUGCCAGUUAUGUGUGUAAAUCUUCCAUGGACACUGCUGUACUCCAGAGGUCUCUAGCCAUCCUGGAAUCAAUGGUGCUCAACAGUCAAGAUCUCUACCAGAAGGUGGCUCAAGAAAUCACUAUUGGCCAGCUCAUCCCCCAUCUGCAAGGGACGGAUCAGGACAUUCAGACUUACACCAUCGCAGUGAUUAAUGCGUUGUUCCUCAAAGCCCCUGAGGAGAAGAGACAGUUUGAUGAGGACAAUGUGAACAUCCUUGAUUGUCCUCUUACAGAGAUGGCUCACAUUCUAGCACAGAAGCAGCUGCGCUCAAUCAUCCUCAGUAAUGUGAUCAGGAGUAACAAACCCAUAAAUGAUGAAAUGGCCCACCAGUUAUAUGUACUACAAGUUUUGACCUUUAACCUUUUGGAGGACCGCAUGAUGACAAAGAUGGAUCCUCAAGACCAGGCUCAGAGGGACAUCAUCUUCGAGCUACGCAGGAUCGCUUUUGACGUUGAGUGUGAGUCUAACAACAGUGGCAGCUUUGAGAAGCGCAAGUCCAUGUAUACCAGAGACUACAAAAAGCUGGGCUUCAUCAAUCACGUGAAUCCUGCAGUGGACUUCACUCAGAUUCCUCCUGGGAUGCUAGCUCUGGACAACAUGCUCUAUUUUGCCAGACACCAUCAGGACGCUUAUAUCAGGAUUGUACUGGAGAACAGCAGUCGUGAGGAUAAACAUGAAUGUCCAUUCGGGCGCAGUAGUAUCGAACUGACAAAGAUGCUGUGUGAAAUUCUCAAAGUUGGAGAACUUCCCAGCGAAAACUGCCAUGACUUCCACCCGAUGUUUUUCACCCACGACCGCUCAUUUGAGGAGUUCUUUUGCAUUUGUAUCCAACUACUCAACAAAACCUGGAAAGAGAUGAGAGCCACUUCUGAAGACUUCAAUAAGGUGAUGCAGGUGGUGAAGGAACAGAUCACUCGUGCUCUCACGAUCAAGCCUAACUCUCUGGAUCAGUUUAAAAGUCGUCUGCAAAAUUUGAGCUACACUGAGAUCCUCAAAUUGCGCCAAUCUGAGAGGAUGAACCAGGAGGAUUUCCAAUCCCGGCCCAUCCUGGAGCUUAGGGAGAAAAUCCAGCCAGAGAUCAUGGAGUUGAUCAAACAGCAACGCCUCAAUCGUUUGUGUGAGGGCACCUGCUUCAGGAAGAUCAGCAGCCGAAGGAGACAGGACAAGUUCUGGUACUGUCGACUGUCACCCAAUCAUAAAGUUCUCCACUAUGGGGAUCUGGAGGAAAGCCCUCAGGGAGAGGUACCACAUGAUUCCCUACAGGACAAACUUCCUGUAGCUGAUAUUAAAGCUGUUGUCACUGGUAAAGACUGUCCACACAUGAAGGAAAAGGGAGCUCUGAAGCAGAACAAGGAGUUGCUGGAGCUGGCUUUCUCUGUCCUCUACGAAUCUGAUGAGUAUCUAAACUUCAUUGCCCCUGACAAGCAUGAGUACUGCGUGUGGACAGAUGGGCUGAAUGCACUGCUGGGGAAGGAGAUGACCAGUGAGUUCACUCGCUCAGACAUGGACACUCUUCUCAACAUGGAGAUGAAGCUCCGCCUCCUGGACCUGGAGAACAUCCAAAUCCCUGAAGUUCCUCCCCCGAUCCCCAAAGAGCCAAGCAAUUAUGACUUUGUUUAUGACUGCAACUAAUCUCCUUUCACUGGACUGACUGAUUUUUCCUAAAUGCAUACUGGAAGAAGAACUUUUACUAAAAGUUACAGAAAAGAAAAAACAGACAUCUCUUUAAAACUUGGCUCUCU